AUGUCGUCCUCGACAGCCACGCCCGCCGACCUGGCCCUCAGCAUCGCGCAAACCAGCGCCAACCCGCCCACGCUCAGCAUCAAGCUGACGAACACGCACGCUUCCGCGCCCCUAACGCUACUGACCUGGGACUCGCCGCUAGACCCGCAAGCGCUGGCCCUCGGCCUCGUGCACAUAGCGCCCGCGGCCUCUGAAGGGGACGAGCCCUUUAAGCUGCCCACCAUCAAGGUGUCCCGCAAGCUGCCGCCUAGGCGUGAGGAUCUGAUCACGUUGGCGCCGGGGCAGAGCAGGGCGCAGGAGAUUGAGUUCAAGGAGCCGGUUGUGCCGCUGGGCAAGAUCAGGGAGAAGGGCGGCAAGGCUAAGGUCUGGGUGAUGGGGAAUUGGAGGGCUUUGUGGGCGAAGACUGUGGAGCAGGUCGGGGACGAAGAGCUUGAGGCUAUGGAGGCGGCCAAGGACGGGAUGACGGGUGCGUUUGAGAGCGAGGGCGUGCUGGUGGAAGUUUGA